AUGUCUGAUGUUUCCAAGCACACGGCUGUGCUUCAAGACUUGAAGAACGGCGCCAUUCGCACUCUGGGUGUGAGCAUCGGGCAAGUCACAAUUACACCCGGACUCAAAAUCGCGAAAGCAGGUGAGGACCGACUUUUCUCACUUGAAUUGAUUAAAUCUGACAAAAGCUCAUCAGAAACUCACCAAGCACCCAAAUUAACCGCGCCGUCGGACCUACCAAAAGACUCGUCUUACGCGGUGAUUUGCCUAGACCUGGAUGCACCAUUCAUAUCGUGGAAUUUCAUGAGUCCAAUCGCUCAUUUCAUACAAACCGACCUCAAAGCCAGCCAGGUAGAAGGAGGAGUUCUUGAGCUCAAAAGUGGUGAGCCUACGAUUGGACCAUGGGUUGGCGCUGGUCCUCCUCCGGGUGCGCAGCCUCACCGUUAUGUCUUCUACCUCUAUGAACAGAAGGGGACCGAUUCGUCCAUUGCCUCGAAGAUUAAGCCGUUCAGCACUACGCAGCGCUUUCGGGUUGAUUUUGAUGCUUUAGUGAAAAAAUUAGGAUUAGGGGAGAUUAUUGCGGUAAAUUACUUUGUUUCAAACUAG